UUAAGGUAAUUUUGGGUUCAUUGAGGUUAGCUCAUUUUACUUGUUUUGGAAAGUCUUGACAAGCAACAUUUUCUUGUUCUAUUGGCAGAUAAUUUUGCUUAGUUCAAAUAAAAUACCCCUCAUUUUUGUAUUUUUUUUUCUUGUUUUUGAACACUGACUUUUUGCAGUGUGCCCUCGCCGCUCGACCUAUUAAUGGCACUGUCGGCACGGCUCACAACAUCCUCGCACACGACAUGCUGCUCUGCUUCCGUUCACGACCAUCGAAGGCGGUUCCCCUAUGUUUGUGACGGGCUCCUGCCGUGAAGAGUGGCCGGUGAAAGGACGGAGAACAGGCGGCGUGGGGAACCGCAGGGCUCGGCUCGGCUGGCUGCUGUUAGCCGCGGAGAAGCUAGCAGCGCCGCCAUCAUCUCCUCUCCUCUUCCCACGUCGCCCGCUGACAAGCCCGAGGAUGGAUGGAAGCCUGAAGGCUGGAUCUAGCCCGCCAUCUGCCGCCCUCUGAGCAAUUUUGUUUGACUGAACUGGGAGAAAAAGAGGAAGAUGCCUCCCAGGCCGUCCUCAGGGGAAUUAUGGGGCAUCCACCUAAUGCCUCCAAGGAUCCUGGUGGAUUGCCUAUUGCCCAAUGGGAUGAUUCUGACCCUGGAGUGCCUCCGUGAGGCUACGCUCAUUACCAUCAAGCAUGAGCUGUUUAAAGAGGCCAGAAAGUACCCACUCCACCACCUUUUGCAGGAGGAGACCUCCUACAUCUUUGUCAGUGUUACUCAGGAAGCUGAGCGGGAGGAGUUUUUUGACGAGACUCGAAGGUUGUGUGACCUUAGACUUUUUCAGCCCUUCCUUAAGGUCAUUGAACCAGUUGGCAACAGAGAGGAAAAGAUCCUGAACAGAGAGAUUGGUUUUGCCAUUGGUAUGCCGGUGUGCGAGUUUGACCUGGUGAAGGACCCCGAAGUUCAAGACUUUAGGAGAAACAUUCUGAAUGUGUGUAAGGACUCUGUGGAGCUGAGAGAUGCCACCGGGCCCCACAGCCGAGCCCUCUAUGUUUAUCCACCCAAUGUAGAAUCCACACAGGAACUACCAAAACACAUUUACAGCAAACUGGACAAAGGUCAAAUUAUUGUUGUAAUUUGGGUUAUUGUGUCUCCAAAUAACGACAAACAAAAGUAUACGUUGAAGAUCAACCAUGACUGCGUGCCCGAGCAGGUGAUUGCAGAGGCCAUUCGUAAGAAGACGCGCAGCAUGCUGCUUUCCCCCGAACAACUAAAGAUGUGUGUUCAGGAAUAUCAGGGUAAAUACAUACUCAAAGUUUGUGGCUGCGAUGAGUACCUACUGGAAAAGUACCCUAUCAGCCAAUAUAAGUACAUCCGUAGUUGUAUCAUGCUGGGCAGGAUGCCUAACCUGAUGCUCAUGGCUAAGGACAGCCUCUACACCCAGUUGCCUCCUGAUAACUUUGUCAUGCCGUCAUACUCACGCCGCAUCUCCACGGCAACAUCAUAUAUGAAUGGUGAGGCAGCUGCCAAGUCGCUGUGGACAAUCAAUGGAACACUCCGAAUACGGAUCCUCUGUGCCACCUACGUUAACGUCAAUAUAAGGGACAUAGACAAGAUUUAUGUGAGAACAGGCAUUUACCAUGGAGGAGAACAGAUGUGUGACAAUGUGAACACACAGAGAGUGCCCUGCUCCAACCCCAGAUGGAAUGAGUGGCUGACCUAUGACAUGUACAUCCCGGACAUUCCCCGUGCUGCCAGACUUUGCCUCUCCAUUUGCUCAGUCAAAGGCAGGAAAGGAGCCAAAGAGGAGCACUGUCCUUUGGCCUGGGGAAAUGUCAACUUGUUUGACUACACCCACACUUUGGUGGCGAACAAGAUGGCACUGAACCUCUGGCCUGUUCCUCAUGGCCUGGAAGAUCUCCUUAAUCCCAUUGGUGUCACAGGCUCCAACCCCAAUAAGGAAACACCAUGUCUGGAGCUGGAAUUUGACCAUUUCAGUAGUCAGGUCAAAUACCCAGAUAUGAACGCUGUUGAGGAUCAUGCUAACUGGACAAUCUCAAGAGAAUUGGGGUUUAACUACAACUUCUCUGGUCAGAGCAAUCGUGUGGCAAGAGAUCACGCCCUGACCGACGGUGACACGGAUCAAAUGAGACAGCUGAGUAACAGAGACCCUCUCUCAGAAAUCACUGAACAAGAAAAAGACUUCCUCUGGAGACACAGGCACUAUUGCAUGAAUAUCCCAGAGAUCCUCCCCAAGAUCCUCCUUGCUGUCAAAUGGAACUCCAGAGAUGACGUAGCACAGAUGUACUGCCUAUUGAAGGAAUGGCCCUCCAUUCGUCCAGAGCAGGCCAUGGAACUGUUGGACUGUAACUACCCGGAUCCCAUGGUCAGACACUUUGCUGUACGCUGCCUGGAUAAAUACCUGACUGAUGACAAAUUGUCUCAGUACCUCAUCCAGCUUGUACAGGUGUUGAAAUAUGAGCAGUACCUUGACAAUCCUCUGGCCCGUUUCCUCCUUAAAAAAGCUUUAACUAAUCAAAGAAUAGGACAUUUUUUCUUUUGGCAUCUUAAGGCUGAGACGCACAACAAAACAGUGAGCCAAAGGUUCGGUCUGCUGUUGGAAGCAUACUGCAGGGCUUGUGGCAUGUAUCUCAAACACCUCAGCAGACAAGUGGAGGCCAUGGAGAAGCUCAUCAACCUCACUGAUAUUCUCAAACAGGAAAAGAAAGAUGAGACGCAAAAGGUCCAGAUGCGGUUCCUUGUGGACCAAAUGAAAAGACCCGAUUACAUGGAUGCGCUACAGAAUUUCACAUCUCCUCUCAACCCUGCGAACCAACUGGGCAGCCUGAGGUUAGAUGAAUGCAGGAUCAUGUCAUCUGCAAAAAGACCAUUGUGGCUCAACUGGGAAAAUCCAGACAUAAUGUCUGAGUUGCUCUUUCAGAACAAUGAGAUUAUCUUCAAAAACGGAGAUGAUCUGCGACAGGAUAUGCUGACUCUACAGAUUAUCAAAAUCAUGGAGAAUAUUUGGCAGAAUCAGGGACUGGACCUACGCAUGCUGCCAUACGGCUGUCUGUCAUUAGGAGACUGUGUGGGACUCAUUGAAGUGGUUCGGAGCUCACACACUAUCAUGCAGAUUCAGUGUAAAGGUGGCUUGAAAGGGGCUUUGCAGUUUAAUUCAAACACUCUGCAUCAGUGGCUCAAAGAUAAGAACAAGGGCGAGAUGUAUGAUAUGGCGGUGGAUCUUUUUACAAGGUCAUGUGCUGGCUACUGCGUAGCUACGUUUAUUCUUGGUAUUGGAGACAGGCACAACAGCAACAUUAUGGUCAAAGACGAUGGACAGUUGUUCCAUAUAGACUUUGGACAUUUCCUGGAUCACAAGAAGAAGAAAUUUGGCUAUAAGAGAGAGCGAGUGCCCUUUGUAUUGACCCAAGACUUCCUCAUUGUCAUCAGUAAGGGUUCUCAGGAGUGUGCCAAAACCAAAGAGUUUGAAAGGUUCCAGGAAAUGUGUUAUAAAGCUUACCUUGCAAUCCGGCAGCAUGCUAACCUGUUCAUCAACCUAUUCUCCAUGAUGCUGGGUUCCGGCAUGCCUGAGUUGCAGUCAUUUGAUGACAUUGCUUACAUUAGGAAGACACUGGGACUGGAAAAAACUGAACAGGAGGCGUUGGACUAUUUUAUGAAACAAAUGAAUGACGCUCACCACGGGGGGUGGACCACUAAGAUGGACUGGAUUUUUCACACUAUCAGACAACACGCACUAAACUGAGCCGCACACCAACGAUUUCCAUUCGCCGCUACAUGGUCCUCUCCUCGCUUGCAGGUUUGACGUGUCACUGAAUUUUUUAGUCAUACCGGUCGGUGUUCUCCAGUGUGUUGUUAUCUGUGUUGGACCCUCAAUAUACUGGAAGUUCCUUCAUCAAGGCUGACAGAAUGCAUUCUUUGUUUUUGUUGAUAGCUCUAGGACAUGGAGAAUGGACAUUGCUCCUUAAAUGUGAGAGUAAUCCAUAAUGUGUGUGUGCGUAUUGUCCUGCUGCAAAAGGAGAGGCUUGCCUGGAAAACUUUUUCUAACCAGUGCCAAAAUGCUGGAUGGCACAAAAAAAUGAUCAAAAUCGGAUAAUCGUGUUUUACUUCAGUAGUGGGACCUGUGUGAUGGCUGCCACUGCACAUUGUUUUUAGUCUUCCGCCAUGUUUGUGGUAUAACAAGCUUAAGCGGGGACACGCCUUUGCCACUUUUAGUAACCUUUUGCAUAUGCAGAGCUUGUCAUUUGCAACUUACCAGUAUCCCCCCCAGCCUUAAAGAGAAAGCACUGCAGGCUCAGCAGCAUUUGUUGGUGGUGCACUCGAGUACUUUUGAACCAACUUUCAGGGUUAUGUUGCGUCCUUAAAAGCCACCAUUUGGAAUUUCUGGAACAAUAUUUAUUAGAACUUUCUGAAGGUUUAUGUAUGUCUUUUUAUUCAUUGUUACUGUGGCAAGCCCUCACUUGCUAUUGUUUGUGUCACUUUCUGUUGCUGGGUUCCAGACAAGUGACAUAGGCAAUUUGUUUACAGUUUUCACUUUGGGGCAAACAUUUCAAUAUAGCCACUGUUUAGUUUUUAUUUUCAAGUUUCUACAGACGUUGACAAAGCAGUCACUGCAAACUUUAGCGUGUUCGGACUCGGCUCCCCCCGAAGAGAGCGACAGGCUCAGCACUGCGAUUCUUUUUUGGUUGUUUUGUGUACUUGUGUUCCCUAUGUGAAGGACUGAUUAAGAAACUCUGUAAUAACGUCUCUAUUGGAAUAAUAUCCACAGACAAAAGCAGCCCAUGUAUUUGGCAAUUUAGCUCUGAAAUUUACUUGAAUACUUACUGUGACUACACUUGUUUGCCCCCCCGAGUCCACAGCAACUGGACGUGAGACAUUCAUAGCGGGCUGUGCAUUUUGUACCGGGGCCUUCAGUUGGGACUUGGAUCAUUUAAUCCACCUUUUAAUACUACUAUCAUGUCGCAGUCUAACAUACCAUUGGUAAUGAACAAAAAUGCAGUAGAACAAAACAAGGCUUUUUUUUUUAUUUAUGGGACUGAUGAUACCAUCAUAACAAAGAAAGGUGGUCAUCCAUCCGAGCCCAGACUUCCCUCUGAGGCGUUCCCAGGCCAGCCGGGAGACAAAGUCUUCCCAACGUGUCCUGGGUCUUCCCCGUGGCCUCCUACCGGUCGGACGUGCCCUAAACACCUCCCUAGGGAGGCGUUCGGGUGGCAUCCUGACCAGAUGCCCGAACCACCUCAUCUGGCUCCUCUCGAUGUGGAGGAGCAGCAGCUUUAGUUUGAGCUCCUCCCGGAGGGCAGAGCUUCUCACCCUAUCUCUAAGGGAGAGCCCCACCACCCGGCGGAGGAAGCUCAUUUCAGCCACUUGUACCCGUGAUCUUGUCCUUUCGGUCAUAACCUAAAGCUCAUGACCAUAGGUGAGGAUGGGAACGUAGAUCGACCAGUAAAUUGAGAGCUUUGCCUUCCGGCUCAGCUCCUUCUUCACCACAAAGGAUCGAUACAGCGUCCGCAUUACUGAAGACGCCGCACUGAUCUGCCUGUCGAUCUCACAAUCCACUCUUCCCUCACUUGUGAACAAGACUCCGAGGUACUUCAACUCCUCCACUUGGGGCAGGGUCUCCUCCCCAACCCGGAGAUGGCACUCCACCCUUUUCCGGACGAGAACCAUGGACUCCGAUUCUCAUCCCAGUCGCUUCACACUCGGCUGCGAACCGAUCCAGUGAGAGCUGAAGAUCCUGGCCAGAUGAAGCCAUCAGGACCACAUCAUCUGCAAAAAGCAGAGGCCUAAUCCUGCAUCCACCAAACCGGAUCCCCUCAACGCCCUGACUGUGCCUAGAAAUUCUGUCCAUAAAAGUUAUGAACAGAAUUGGUGACAAAGGGCAGCCUUGGCGGAGUCCAACCCUCACUGGAAACGGGUCCGAAUUACUGCCGGCAAUGCGGACCAAGCUCUGACACUGAUCAUACAGGGAGCGGACCGCCACAAUCAGACAGUCCGAUACCCCAUACUCUCUGAGCACUCCCCACAGGACUUCCCGAGGGACACGGUCGAAUGCCUUCUCCAAGUCCACAAAGCACAUGUGGCCCUCAAUUACCAAAUUAUACACCUUAAUUAAAAUUAAUUACGAACUAUGUGAGCAUAUAGAAAAUAGCAGAAGUAAGUUCUUACAACAUACUAAUUAAAUAUGAAUUCACACAACUCUUUAAUUUGUCCAUGUUGGGAGUUAAAGGAAAUAUGUGGGUGAGAAGUGAAUUCCACAGGCGCGACGUCCUUGGUAUGUAGAAAGAGUGAUGGAGAUAUGUGUUAGACCUUGGUGCAGUGAGUCUGUAGGGGUGUGCAGUUGCAGAAGAUUGUGUCGUUCGAACAUUAAAGGCCAAUCGGAGGAGAAUUCCAGACAGCUCAAGGGACGGUUUGAGGAAGAUGUGAAUGUAGAAGGUGCAAAGGGAUGCUCCAGUGGAUAAAUACCAACGUUGGUAGGGUCAUCUACUCUUAGGAAGCGAAGGGCUUUCCUCUGUAGCCUGUCCAGAAGUCCAAGUCCAGUGGUACCAUCUCCAGUCCAUAUCGGAAAUGUAUACUCCAUUAAGAGCCUAAUGUAAGCUUUGUAGAUGGUGACUCUUAGGGAUGAAUACAAUGAUUACUUUAUCUUCCAAUACUUUGUUGCUGAUACGCCUGAGUUACAAUUCUGCUUGUAACUAAAAGCAUUACAGUGUGUAACUUUCAAUGCCAAUCACUGGUAGAAACUGCCUGUAAAUUUGGCGCUGGACCAAAAAGCACUCGGCGAGUGCAGACUUCCAUCCUCUUUAAUAUUGGGUCGAUGGUGCAUCGACCCAAUAAUAAAGAGUCCUUUAAAAAAAAUGUAAUCGAGACGGUGAUCCAGAUUGCUCCCAAAAUCUAAUCAUUUGUUCCUUAUCCAAUUUCCGAUAUUUCCUGAAAGUUAAAUCAAAAUCCGACAAUAAGAGCAGAAUGUUCGAGAGCAGAAUUAAAUAAACAGAGUGAACCCUCUUGUCAGUCAUCCACUCUUUGUGGGUGGAGGCGGGGAGGCUAACAUACAUAGAGCAGUUCAGUCUCGUAACAUGGUAGAAAUGAUCUGACUCACCCCCAUAAUCUAAACACCUGUUCCUUGCCCUGUAUCUGACAUUUUCUGAAAGUUCAUGAAAACUAUGUUGCUAUCUUAACGGACAGGCAGAUAAGCCUCAGUGAAUACAAUAAUAAGAUAAAACGAUUGAGUGAUAAAUGUUUCAGACAUCUCAAUUCAUCUGGAACAGCUCAGAAUCAAUAUCUAUCUAAUAACAUGACACAAAGUUAAAUCAAUCAAUCAAUGUUUAUUUAUAUAGCCCUAAAUCACAAGUGUCUCAAAGGGCUGCACAAGCCACAACGACAUCCUCGGUUCAGAUCCCACAUCAGGGCAAGGAAAAACUCAACCCAUUGGGAUGACAAUGAGAAACCUUGGAGAUCAUUCAAAUUAAAUUCAUCAUACUCACCAGAGAUGCAAAUUAUAUAAAAUUCGAUUUAGCGGGUCAAACAGUUUUGCUCUAAUCAACUAAUCAGAGGAUUGAAAAAUGCAGCCAUUCUCGUACGCCAUUAUUAGCUGGCUCACUGUGACGAGGAUCUGAAAUUUGAUUGGUGAAAGAAGCAGCACCAUUGCUAAUAGUUUAGGCCAGCACUACUGAUUCUGAAGGCCUUGGGUUGAGUAAUUUGACGUGGCCGCACCGUUUUUUUGUCCAAUCAGAUUUCAGCUUCGAACACAUACUGGUAGCAGUGCAGCCAGAAGACAAGCGACAAAAUGAACAUAUUACUGUAAACUGUUAGGAUUCAUGAGUAGGGUUGCAAAGGGGUGGAAAGUUUCCAGUAAAUUUCCGGAAACUUUCCGGAAAUUUACCACGGGAAGUUAAGCUCGGGAAGUCUGGAAAUAUUGACCAUUUUUUGAUUAUUCAAAGUUGGACACCAUCCAUGGGAAUUUAUGGGAAUGAAUGGGGAAUUACAAUAAUUAUAUAUUAUUGGGCACUUGUCUAUAUGCUGCUGCAUCUUUGUGGCAUUUUGCACAGUAUUUGCAAAUGUACCCAGCCUUUAUGCCUACAUUGGUUGGGGUGAAAUGUCUCCACACAUCAUACGUGGCAUUAUUCUGUUUGUAUUUAUUUAUUCUUGUAAAACACUAAUGCAAUGCCACACACACAGAUAUAAAUAGUCAGCUAAACAAUUGGAGUAGUCUUUAAAAAUAUUUGACUGAUGGACAAAUGAAUAGAAAUAGGCCAGAUGAAUAAAUGAACAGUCAAUCAGCAUUCUAAAUCAAACUAUAACCUACAUUCUUGUAUGACAACAGAAUGGCUAGCAGAACAGAAGGCAGAGGAAACUACACCUUUUGAUUUAGUAUUUGCUAGUUGAACUUUACACAUCACAAACAAGGUAAAUUCGGAUCGCCAACAUUGUUAGCAUAAAUGAAUGGGAUUUAACAGAGAGAAAAUUAGCAUCACGGCUAACGAAGAAACAUUUUUGGUUCAUUAUGAGACUGGUGGUACAUAAACCUAGCUAGCUAGAGAUAUUGGCCACAAAAUCAUUUAACAAGUACAGGAACAGCUAGCUAGCUUGAGUGGAAGUCUGUUGGAGUAGUCUACAGUCAUACAGUAACAAGCAAUUACACCUCUAUUCAACUUAAAGGCCUACUGAAAGCCACUACUACCGACCACACAGUCUGAUAGUUUAUAUAUCAAUGAUGAAAUCUUAACAUUGCAACACAUGCCAAUACGGCCGGGUUAACUUAUAAAGUGCAAUUUUCAAAUACUAGUGUGGCCUCAAUAGCCCUGCUGUAGUGUGUAGCAUGCUGGGAAUUAUCUGUGCAUGUGAUGGAGGAAUGCACCGUGCGGGGUUGAAAUUCUACUGAUAUUUGCAAACCUCUAAAGGCUUAGUGGCCACAUGCAUGGACAGCACCUUUUAGCUCUUAUUUCCAAAAUUGGGUACACUACUGAAUUGGGGUCUUAUGGCCGCUUAUGUGGACACUUAUACUGCCAUCUGAUGGUGUCAGAAGAGUAUAACAUACAAUGAAAUUUGGUAAAAAUAAAAUAAAAAUAAGAAUGAGCAUAUUCCCGUUAAUUCCCAUGGAAAGUUUCCAAUUUUGAAUAAUCCCGGAAUUUUGCAACCCUAUUCAUGAGUACAAUUUCAUGGGACAAGUGAUAGUACUUAAGUUGUAAAUGUAGGUCAGUGCGUCUCAUAGCAUUUAUUAGACCGCGGCCUGCCACUUACAUGCAUCAGGUGGAAGUGUGUAAAUGUUUUUUGUGUUGCAAAAUGGAAAAGGGUGACAGUUCGAGUCUCAUCUUUUUGUAACCUAAUGAGACCCAGGGGAAUGUCAUGUCUUCCUGUUGAUAAAAAUGCCUUUUUGUAAAAGCGCAAAACGUUAUUGCACACGGCUUCAUUAAUGUUACUAUCACUGUUGCCAACCGUAGCACUCAAAACAUUGAUUUAAUUAGCCUCGUUUAACAUUGCCCUUACUAUGUCUGUGUGAAAGUCGCUUCCUCUCAGUUCAACUGAAGACAGGGCACAAGAGCCCAGCGUGCAGUUUUUAACAAAGGUUUUAAUGUACAUAGGAUUUUUCAAAGUCUUUUUCCCCCAGAACGUGACUUUUCAGUCUCCGUCCGUAUCCUCUCUCUUCUUCUGCUCCCGGCGGCUUACUGUUAUAGACAACAGAUGAUUAGAUUAACACGUACCACCUGUGAAAUCUAAUCACCUGCCAGCUGUGUCUCGCCGUCAGCACUGCCACGUCCCCGUCUGAUGGUGCUCUGUCCUCAGCACCAUGGACAGAGGUGGUGACUUUUGUUCCUGCAGGCAGCGCUGGCUACAUCUCCCCCCACAGAGUUUGUUGAAUGUUUUACAUAGCUUUAUUUUUAUUAGUUACUAUAUUUACGCACACUUAAUUGACUUUUGUCUCUCCUAUAACAAAACAAAGCACUCAUGCCUUUUAGUGGUGAUCCACUUUAAAGAGUCUUUGAGGUGUGCUAAGGACGCACAUUGUAUAAGACAAUUAUUGUUCGGGUAUACAUGGUCAACUUGUCAACACUCAAACUGUCAGUCCAGUGGUUGAUUGUACUGGAACUGUGAUGAUGGCUAGAAUGUAUUGAACUGCUACCACAGGCCUUUACUGUAUGUGCACUCGUUAUUUAUGUCAGGUCUUAAUGUUUUUUGAUAUUUUUUCCAUGCCGCUCACAAUUCCUCACGCAUUUGGUCCAAUUUAAAAAAAUAUAUUUGUUGCAGACUUUGCAAGAAAGAAAACUGUGCACUUAAAAGUUGAACACAAUGCCUUUCCGUCCAAAAGUGCAAGUAGAAAUCCCACCUUUUUUUUUUGCAUGCUUCUAAAGCAUCACUACAUGUAAAGUAUUUAGCGGUAUGCAUGUAGAAGGUCCAGACCAACAACUUGUGUGUAUUGUAGUCCUGAAUGUCCUUGCCGUGUGUGCAUGUGUACUUAUGUCUGCACGGGCUGCAGAACAUCACUGGCAGGUCCCAGUGACAACCCACUAUGAAUUUCUACUCGUGUGUGUGUGUGUGUUCAUUUGUCACUCACUCAUUCCUAGCAUAGUAAUCUUGUUUAAUUUAACAAGAGUGAGGAAUUGUAAAAUGAGAAAAAUGCAAAUGUGUUUUUUUGACCGACAUUUUUUGCAUUACAUGUUUCUACAAAUUGAUUUUAAACCCAAUUGUGUGUGUGGAGAAAUGAUGAUUGAAAAUACGGUCACAUGGUCUAACACUGAGCAACCCCCAAAACAUAAUGCAAUCCAAUGCAAAUGCAAAUACAGGAUAUGUGAAAUGAACAAUUCAUGUUUAGGUGCUAUGUUUUUGAUUGUGUUUCUGUCUAAUCGUUUAAACAUAUUUCCCUCUAUUGGAGCGACUGUAAUUGUGAGUGUGACUAAUUGUGCUCUCGGGCCUUUCAAUGGGCUUUAAACUGAAUGGAUAUUGAGGGUUGUGGAAAUACACUAAGUCCUGUUUAGAUCAAAAUAUUGUUGAUGUUUUAUUACAUAUCAUCCUUCUGAAAUGACCCAGAGUAAUAUAGAUGCAGUGAUUUACAUGUUGUCUUUGUUUUUAUAUACAUGACAGAACCUUAGUCGUUACUAUGAAUGUGCAGUGCCCCAAUGUAUUGUUUUUUCACAUCCUAGCUGCAUGAGAUUGUGUAAAGGUUAAGUGUUUACCAUGCAAAGCAGUUACAAAGAUUCAUAAACGAAUGCCUUAAUUUUCCCCCUCAUCUUCUCAUUAACAUGUUUUAUUUAUAACUACUGUAUAAUGUAUUGUUUUUUUCCUUGUUCAAGUUUGCACCCGGACUGACUGACCAUACGAGUGUUUUGUGAGGAUGUACAAAUACAUUUGGUAAACAUUCACCUGGCUUUGUGUGUGCUUGUGUGCACGGUGCAAUACUUCUGGCCCCUUCAUGAAAUAUCUAACCUAAUAAGGCUCAGUGUAAUCAUCACAUAGCCUUAUUUACUUUGCACAUUAUAUCUGUCUAUACAUUUACAAUAGUGCUAAAGAGAAGUGCAUACACAAAAUACAUCCGUACAUGACAAGGAUAGUAAGAAUUUAAAUAGUCUUGAUUGCUAAAACAAAGCAGGUGUGGGGAAUAGCGCUCAGGGAAGAAAUUAAUCUGCUACUGGAAAACACCAACAAAACAGGAAAAGCCACCAAAAGACAAGAACUAAAACACUAUACACAAGAAAACACCAAAAAACUCUAAGUUGUGGCGUGAUGUGACAGGUGGUGACAGUACACCUACUUUGAGACAAGAGCUAUAGUGAUGCAUGCUUGGUUAUGGUUUGAAUACAUAUCCAACACUUGCGAGAACAACUUUUUACUGUCAAUAUCUGCUGAGUUUCAUUUUUUAAAUGUUUUCUGGUGGUGGUGUGCCUCCGCAUUUUUUCAAUGAAGCUCUCUGCGUACUGUACGUGGGCUAAUUGGAAGGUCACAUGAAGUUUGGAGCUCUGUAACAACUGACUGUGCAGAAAGUCUUUGCACUAUGCGCUUCAGCAUUCACUGACCCAUCUCUAUCAGUUUAUGUGGCCUACCACUUGGUGGCUGAGUUGCUGUUGUCCCCAAACUCUUCCAUGUUCUUAUAAUAAAGCCCACAGUUGACUUUGGAAUAUUUAGGAGUGAGGAAAUUUCAUGACUGGAUUUGUUGCACAGGUGGCAUCCUAUGAAAUCACUGAGAGCGGCCCAUUCUUUCACAAAUGUUUGUAGAAACAGUCUCCAUGCCUAAGUGCUUGAUUUUAUACACCUGUGGCCGGGCCAAGUGAUUAGGACACCUGAUUCUGAUUAUUUGGAUGGGUGGCCAAAUACUUUAGGCAAUAUAGUGUAUGUCACUGCCCAAUUUACUGAGCUUCCACUCCCUACUCAACAGAAGUUUUUCCAUAAAAUUUGUAUUUUAAAAUGUUUCUAAACUACUGGUUUGGAAAAGUAUCCACUCACCAUGUCAAAUAAUUCGACAGCCACAACUUUUAUGC